AUGAAGAAGCGCGAGAUCUGGCCGAGCCUUCCCAUCUACAACAGCCUGAUCGUGUCGUGCCUGAAAGUGGGUGAUCUGAAGCGGGCGUGGGGUGUGUUUGAGCACCUGCGGUACGCCAUCGCACAGCCAGACGAAGUGAGCUUCACGAUCAUGAUCCAUGCGUGCGCCAAGAACGGAGAGGCGCACGGGUUCCAGCCAGACUUCUACACGUACAAUACGCUGAUUUACGCCUGUGCGCGCAAGAAGAAUCUAGGGCUGGCGCGCAGCAUUUUCCGCGACAUGCUGCAGCAGUCGCUGCAGGCAAAGAACCAAGGGCUGAUCAAGAUCGACUCGGUAACUAUUGCCAACAUGCUGUGGGCGUACUCGAGCUACCUGGAUCCGAACAAGACUGCUGAGAGCGGAUCGGACGAUACCAACAAGAUACUUAUCGAGCUUAUUGACGCGCUGAUGCCCGAGCAGCUGCCUAACAAGCACAACGCGAUCGGGUCGGAGGCAACGCGGCUGAUGGCGUUCUACCUGGAUAUUAUCAAGGGCAAUGUCACGUCGCAGCUGCUGAACGCGUACAUCUCGGCCAUGAUCAAUAAUGGCCGCUUCUAUGAGGCCUGGCGCACAUUCCUAAGCGACUUCAAGCAGUUCAAUGUGCAGAAGGACGGAUGGACGUUCCAGCGCAUGAUCCGUCUGUGUGCGCGCACGCGUGAUGUGCCGAGCGCCUGGCGGGUGUGGGAUGAGUACAAAGCGUGG